AUGAAGCCGGAUUUGAAUUUACUUUUUCUCCUUGUCUGCACCGUCGAGGUCUCUCUUCUUCUGGAGCUUUGUCCGACUCGUUGCCAGUGUGACUGGGACAUCUACAGCGUGUCGUGCUUUGGAGCUGAGGUCCUCCCGGUUUUCCAUUCCAGCACACAGGAGGUGUGGUUGGUGGGGACUAAGCUCUCCUCUAUUCCUCAAAAUGCAUUCUCCGCCUUGGCCAACAUUUCUCACAUAUACAUCUCAGACGAUGAUACUAUAAAGUAUCUGGAGAGGCAUUCCUUCCACAACCUGUCCAGGGUCACCCACAUACAACUGACUGGUAUCAAAACACUGUCCUACAUAGACCAAGAGGCGUUCAAAGACCUGCCUAAUUUAAAGUACCUUGGGAUCAGCAACACGGGCCUCACCUCCUUUCCUGGGCUGCAAUAUAUCCAGUCGAGCCAGGAUGACUUUAUCUUGGAGAUCGUGGAGAAUGUCUUCAUACAGGUGAUCCCUCCUAAUUCCUUCACUGGGAUAUCUGAGAAUACUCUGACCAUCAUGCUGAAUAGCAACGGUCUGAAAGAGAUCCAGCGCUAUGCCUUCAAUGGGAGCAGACUGGACGAAGUGUAUCUUCACAGGAAUGUGGAUCUGGAACGAAUAGACGAGUUCGCUUUUUAUGGCGUCAUUCACGGCCCGACGCACCUAGACCUUUCAGAAACCAAGGUUAGCUCUCUGCCUUCAAUAGGGAUGGAGACCAUUGAAAAGCUCCAGGCUAAAAACACGUGGGCCCUCAAAGUUCCUCCGCCCUUCAGAGCCUUCCUGCAUUUACAGAGUGCUGAAUUGACCUUCCCCAGCCAUUGUUGUGGUCUCAAAAUGUUGAAGAGAUGGAGAGGACACUCUGAGGCAGUUUUUUGCAAUCUGACGCGGACUGCUCUGGAGAAGCUGCAGCACUCCUCUGCAGCUCUCUCUCAGAGGAACCCGGGACACAAAGUCUACCAACAUCUCAAGCACGGCUCUGCUCCUCCAGCCGCCGGCAGCAGCAGGAAUCAAGACCACUACUACGACAGCCCCACGUGCCCGACGGAACAGGCUCAAAAUGAGGGUUUGUUUUACGUGGAGUUACCCACAGAGCAUCUCAGCGAAGGGUUUGACUUUGCCCUGUGUGAUGAACUGCGUACAGAUAGUCAUGGACUGUUGUGUACCCCCCUGCCUGACGCCCUGAACCCCUGUGAGGAUGUGAUGAGCCAAGGCUUCCUGCGGGUCUUGGUCUGGGUGGUCAGCCUGUUAGCCAUUUGCGCUAACCUCCUGGUGAUGUUCAUCCUGCUGACCAGCCGGCAGAAGUUGUCUGUCACCCGCUUCCUCAUGGGUCACCUGGCGUUUGCAGACUUUUGCAUGGGGAUAUACUUACUGCUCAUUGCGUCUGUGGACCUCUACACCCGCUCCCAUUACUACCACUAUGCAAUCGCCUGGCAAACAGGAAGUGGCUGCAAUCUAGCAGGAACUUUAUCGGUGUUUGCCAGUGAGCUGUCAGUGUACACAUUAACGCUCAUCAGCCUGCAGCGCUGGCAUGCAAUCUUUUCCGCCAUGAGGCCCGACAGGAAGAUGAGGCUACGCCAUGCGGCCGUGCUAAUGCUAAUCGGCUGGUUGCUGUGUCUGAUCCUAGCACUGCUGCCGGUGGUCGGAGUGAGCAGUUUCCAGAAGGUGAGCAUCUGUUUGCCCAUGGACACCGAGACCACUGCGGCCCGGGCCUACGUGGUCUCGCUGCUCAUGGUUAACGUCGUGGCUUUCGUGGUGGUGUGUUUGUGUUACCUCCACAUCUACUGCAUGGUGCACAACCCCCAGCACCAGUCCAGCAGAUGCGAUACGACCAUGGCCAAGCGCAUGGCGGUCCUGAUUUUCACCAACUUCCUGUGUCUGGCUCCCAUCUGCUUCUACGGCUUGUCUGCAGCACUCCACCAACCCUUGAUGACCAUCACAGAUUCCAAGGUGCUGCUGGUGCUUUUCUACCCUCUCAACUCUUGUGCGCACCCGUUUUUUUAUGCCAUCCUGACGAAGGCGUUCCACAGAGACAUCCGGAUGCUGCUGAGCCGGACGGGGCUGUGCCGGCGGCAGGCUCACCUCUAACGGAGCCAACGAGCCCGCAUAUACAGAGAGACCCUGUCCAGCCCCCACGACCCAGAAUGCUGAUCUCCAGGCUAUGGGAUGCACCCAAAUUGUCUUGCAGUAGCAGAUUUAAAAAUCCCUAAUUUGCUUAUUUUGUUAAUACCAAUUCAAAAAAACCUAACAAAUAAACAGUUUUAGAAUUUGACUAAUCUUCCUGUGUCACGAUGUGUUUUGCUAAUGAUCUAAUUAUUAAUCCGCAGGUAAUAAGGCUCCACUUUAAGCAGCCAUGAAGCACCACAACUACGUGAGCUGUUAUUGUAUUAAA